UAUUCUAAAUCAAUUUCGCGGUAAUCUUUGAAAAGGGAAAAGAAUUUUGUAAACAAAAAGCAAAUUUUGGCAGGAAUGUAAAAGGCAGUCGAAAUCGUUUCAUUAGAAUGGAAUGUAUAGAUCACGAUGAUGAAUUAGAUUUAUCCUCUCUUGUUGAUAAAACACGGAACAUAAAUGUACCCAUUGGACACAUCAUUGCAGCCCAGAGGUGGAAAAAUUCAGAACUACAUCACACUUUACAAAGUAAUGUUCAAGUGCUGUUUGAGGAGAACCUUGGAGUUGUUGACUUUUUCCCGUCCAGUAAGAUUGGUGUCAUCUUCAUAAGAGAGCCAGAGCUAGUUUCAUUCUCAGGUCAAAAGAAAAAACUUGCUAAACUCAGAAAGGCAAACAGAGUUCAGGCCAUUGUGCUGGCGGAGAAGACACCAACUAGUAGCCAGUACUACCCCGAGGUUCAGAAGUUCUGUAUCAUGGAUCUGGGCUUUAACAUUAUACCUGUCCCUGGUCAAAACGAGGCAGCCUCACUACUGGCACAAAUGGUUGUAAGUGAAAGUCACAUGAAUGCCAACCCCUUUUUAAAGAAGAGGACCUAUCGUGUUGAUGAAGCAUUGUUAACCACCAUAAGGUCUAUUCCAGGGCUUGGGAGUGUGAAAGCUCGAACUUUGCUGGAACACUUUGGAAGCAUUGAGAAUAUUUGCAGAGCCUCAAACCAGGAACUUUCCAUGGUUAUUGGUAAAGCUGGAGCUGUGAAUGUGCUGAAAUUUUUUGAAAAGAAAUGAUUAAAUUUGCUGUCUUAAGUUU